AUGGCUGGAAAUGUAACCAAGAGAUUUGAAUGUGAAAAGUUCAAAAAUGACAUCUGCAAGAUGAGAGAACAUAUCAAGGACAUAUUGAAAGCUGAAAUGGGAGGCAAGAAACGCAGAAGGGUUAGGGAGGUUGUUAGAUAUGUCAGAAAUUCUCCUUCAAGGUUGCAGAAAUUUAGGGAUUUGGCAGAGUAUAGUGGAAUUGAGCAAAAAACAUCCUUGUGUCUUGAUGUACCAACAAGGUGGAAUUCCACCUAUUUGAUGUUACAGUCUACAUUGAUCUACCAGAAAGUAUUUGAUGACUAUGAAUACAGUGAUAACUCUUUUAAAUCUGAUAUGGGUGAUUCUAUUCCUACUUCUCUGGAUUGGGAGUCUGUGAACAACUUGGUUAAGCUGUUGAAAUGUUUCUAUGAGAUGACUCUCAGAAUUUCAGGGUCCUUAUAUGUGAUAGCUAACACCUUUUUCUCUGAAAUAUCUAAUCUGUAUUGUAUCUUGAAUGAAAUGGUGGAAGCUGAUGGGGCUGAGAAACUAAUGGGGGCUAACAUGAAAGCAAAAUUUGAAAAAUAUUGGGGUGAUAUUGAUAAAAUGAAUUAUAUAAUUUUCUUUGCAAACAUUUUAGACCCAGGGACAAGUUAG